AAGGGAAACAUAAACAAACGACGAACAGUUGCGCCCCAACCACCACUACUAACGCCAUCUAGCAGGGAGUAGCAGAAACAACCCUCCGACGAGGACCUAAUACUGGCAGCCUCCAACGACGAAUAGUGAACCUAGUAGUAACCGAAUAUCCCGGUAGAUGUCGCUUAUACGGCUCCGCGCUAUUCGUAGAUCGCGGUGUUAAGAUUUUUCCUGAUUUGGUUAGGUCCGCCGACCGAAAAUAAUUUUGUAUCGAAUCGUAGGCAAAGAUUAUUGCUACCUAUAGCCCCCUGCUUCCCCGGUGGAACUACGCGCUAUAGCUAGUUAUCGUCUUUGAUAAACGUGCUUCCGUUCCGGCCUCUUACUCCUUGCCGGUUGGGGAACGCGUCGUGUUCGUCAUCGUUGUACUACGCUGAAUAUAAGUCUAUUCAUUACGACGCAUCUGGUUUCCCUUCUCUCCCCGCAUGCACCCCCGCUACAUCUGGCGCCCAACGUGGGGCGUAGCGAGCUCACGCACUCAUUGCUGGAGGUGCCGUCGUAACCUAUGAAGGAAGAAGGAAAUCCGGAGGUGUCCACACCGCCAUCCAAGUCUGUCUCACCGAAGCGCAGAUCUUCAGGGCCCAGACUAGUAACCAAACCAGCGCGGGCAGUACGGAAACCGAGGAAGCCCGCGAAUAUGGCAGUGUCACUGACGGAGGAACAGUUUGAACGUAUGAUGGCAGCCAUGGCACCGAAGCCUGGGUCCCUGACACGCUGCACACUCACAUACGACGGAACGAAGGAAACCGACGUCGUGGAGGCAUUUUUGGCUGCCGUCAACACGUAUAAACGAGCUGAGCGCAUAUCGGAUGAAGACGCGCUCACAGGUCUUCCACUCCUCCUUAAGGGUGCCGCAGCGACAUGGUGGCAGGGUAUGCGAGACAAGAUCGUCACAUGGGACGACUUCCAAGAGCGCCUGCGUAGGACCUUCGCACCUAAGAAGCCGGCGUACCUCAUAUGCAUGGAGAUUACGAGCGUCAAACAAAAAACCGAUGAGACAACAGAGGCUUUCGUGUCUAAAAAGCGGAUGCUGUUUUCACUACUACCGCGUCCAGAAUUACUAGAGACCCAGCAGCUGGACCUCAUUUACGGUCUCCUAAUGCCGUAUAUUCAAGAGAAGGUCCCGAGAACGUCGUUCACUACGUAUGACAAGUUCCUGGAGGACGCGGUAGCUGCGGAGCGACUGCGGGACACUUGGAAAAAUGCCAACCCCACCUCUGCCUCGACUGCUGCCUCGACUGCUGCUUCAGCAUCAUCUGCGUUGCCGGAGGCUGCGCACGUUCCAGUCUCUUCGCAAAGAAAACCCAGACAACGCUGCCGGUACUGCAAGCUACCCGGCCAUUCACUGGAAGAAUGCGGAUGA